AUGGCAAUCAACCAAACAAUUUUAAUGGCACGAGUCAAAGUACAUGCUGAGGCCCACAACGAAGUCCAAUUUACCUUCUUACCCAUUGCAUCCUCCCCUGACCAUACUCCCGAUAGCACUGGUGACAAGUGGGCUUGUCUUGGUCUUUCCUGA